AUGUCUUAUAAUCGUUCUGACAACGAAAGCGACACCGAAGUUUUUGUUGAUGCUGAAGAAUCACUCGAUAAUAAGCAACCAACCUCGACUACUAUAGUUUCUUCGGAUAAUAAUGAUAAUAAAUUAGAGUCGAACAAUUCUAAGAAUGAUAGUGUUCAACCGGAACCGAGUAAACCACCAGCCAUAGCCAUUCCGCAGAUCUCUGUGACAGACAUGUCUUUUGAAGGAGAUAAUGAGCUAUCAAAGGAUCAUACUGAAAAUGGGUUCAUGACUCUGCCUGAAAUUGAUAGCGAUGUGGCAACAGAUAAUGAAGAGGAACCUGUUGAAGUCACAGUUUACGUUAAAGAUUUAGAUACUGGCAAAAAUAUACCAGCGUCAGAUCUUGAAGAAGAAAUUAAAAAAUCAAAUGGAAAUAUUGAUCCAUUAACUUAUCAUAUAAUGCAACGGACGGGCUCAGAUACAGAAUUAAACCAUAUUGGGGAUGAAACUCAUACAAGAAGCCUGAGCGAUGAAGAUAUUAAUUCUACUGAUGACAAACCUAACAGACGAAAAUCAUUUUUAAGCCGCUUAAAACGAACGUCUUAUAUAUUUUCCGAAAAUACUGAUGGUUUUGGGCGUGCUCAACCUCGAUACAUAAAAACUCGAGCACGAAACAAACCAAUUAAAGAAUUUGAUCGUCUUUUUCUUGCCCAAGAAUUAUAUAAUCCAAUUUCUAGUGAAGAUGCCGAUUCCGAUUUGACUAAUAUUAAGCCUGGAGCUAUUUGGUGUAUGAAAUUUAGCAAGGAUGGAAAAUUCUUGGCAACAGGUGGUCAAGAUACAGUUGUUCGAGUGUGGGCUGUCAUUUCAAGUGAUGAGGAACGAGAGCAUUUCCUUGAAGGAUGUGGGACUAGCGUAUAUGAAGGUAUCAGUGGUGCAAAACUAGGUGCUCCUGUUUUUCGCGACAAACCAUUAUAUGAAUAUCGUGGACAUACGGCUGAUGUAUUGGACCUGAGUUGGAGUAAGAAUAACUUCUUACUUUCUUCGUCAAUGGACAAGACUGUGAGAUUAUGGCACAUGACUCGUAAAGAAUGCCUGUGCUGCUUUCAACAUACUGACUUUGUUACAGCCAUUGAGUUUCAUCCAAAGGAUGAUCGAUUUUUCCUUUCGGGAUCAUUGGAUUGUAGAUUACGUCUUUGGAAUAUACCCGAGAAGAAAGUUGCUUAUUGGAAUGAGCUUACUGACUCUCAAUUAAUUACUGCCGUUGGCUUUACUCUUGACGGUAAAAUGGCCGUAGCAGGAAGUUUAUCUGGACUAUGUCUUUUUUAUGAAACGGAUGGGUUGAAAUAUAAUACACAGAUUCACGUGAGAAGUGCACGUGGAAGAAAUUCACAGGGUAAAAAAAUAACAGGGAUUGAGUCUAUGCCAGGAACUCUUCCUGGUCAAGACAAAUUAUUGAUAAGCUCUAAUGAUUCAAGGAUUAGAUUAUAUAAUAUGCGUGAUAAGUCUUUGGAAUACAAAUAUAAAGGACUUGAAAACACUUGUAGUCAAAUCCGCGCUACGUUUAGCGAUGACGGCCGUUAUAUUGUAAGUGGUUCUGAAGACAGACAUGUAUAUAUAUUUAACACAGAUCAAUCUCGUAUAAAUUCACAUCAUGGAGGUGGUAGUAGCUGGUUAAAAAAAGAAAAGUGUGGUUAUGAAAGUUUUGAAUCACAUACUGCUAUAGUAACAGUCGCCAUAUUUGCACCUACCCGUACAAAGCAGUUAAUUAGUCUUUGUGGUGACCCGAUCUUUACACAUACUGUUAAUAACGAAACUUCAGCUACUCAAACCUAUCCUGAAGGCAAUAUAAUUGUUUGUGCUGAUUAUACUGGAAGUAUAAAAAUUUUUAGACAAGAUUGUGCUUAUUAUCCUUCUCACGAUUCUGAUUCGAUUUCUUUUAGAAGCACAAGGUCUUGGAACUCAUCACUUGGUUCUAAUUUAAAUAAUUUCUUUGCAAAAAAACAAAAAGGUCAAGAAUCUGGGCUUGGUGGAAGAAGAAGAAAAAGUGAUGCAUCGAGUAUCUACUCCGUAUCAAGUAAUUUAAGUGCAGAUGUUUCAAUUAAUGGUGGUGAUAAUGAAAAACAGUUUCAAUGUUCCUGUGGGUCAACGGAUUUUAAGGCUUUUGUCAAAGAUGGUUCACCUAAAUUGGUUUGUGCAAGUUGUAAUAAGGCAACUUAA